GGGUCUGGUUACUGGUUAGUCAGCAUCUCGACCGUCGUGCGUGUAACACGUGCAACCGCUACUAAAUCAAUUACGGUAUAGUAACGUUCGAUACAGUGACAAUGAUCAACUGAAACUUCUCAAUUAUGGAUACGAAAUUCAAUAUUAGUGUCUAAUUUAUAAAAUCAUUUAAAUUCAGUUUUGUGUUUGAUAAAUCUUAAACAUUAUGUGUUGCGUUCAGUGUGUCUUCUGUCAGGACUGCUAUAUUCUACCACUUCGGCUGCCCGUCGAUUAGACUGCCAGCUGCUUAGGUGAAUCAUGGCCACUGCCACGGGCGCCAAGGAUUUCGUCACUGUUGUCAAAGUGGAUGGUGUCCGUUCAUCGCGAGCCGACGAUACUUUUGUCACUGUUUUAUCAAUUGGCGAAAACGCCCAGGAAACGUACCAGGAAUUGCAACAGCCAACAGCCGAAGAAGUAUUAGUUUAUCGCCUACCCGGCGAGCGGCUUGGAUUCGGGUUGCAGUUUGACGGGGUGGAAACUUGCAAUCGGUUAUUCGUACAGUCCUGCGCUGAUGGUAGUCCGGCAUCACGAACCCAGGCAUCUUGGGGUGCACUCGCCCCCGGAGAUGAAAUUAUACGGAUCAAUGAUCGUCCCGUCAACCGUAUGAGUCGCGACGAUUGUGUCCGAUGUCUCAAAGAGUCCGGCUUGGUCGUCAAGCUUCAUAUGGUCGACGGCAGAUUUGCAGUCAAAGCUCCCCCGCCUGUACCCCCUCGAAAACAGAAGAAACCCGAACCAGCCCCUAUAGCUUCGUCCAUCUACACAAACGCUGUAGAGAGGUUUGUUUACCAUGGAGAAUCCGAGUCGGAUGAUACAAAUAGCAGUGUGUCUACCGUGGUGUCCAAAUGUCCAACAUACAAGAUGCCAGAUAACGACCCAUCCAAAAACUGUGUUUUGGACAGAGUGCUUGAACCUUUCAUGCAGUUGGAACGGGAAUUCUCGUCAAGCGCAGCUAUCGGUGACGAUGUGGGUCUCUAUGAAAAGUUGGUGGCUGUUGCUGAGGAAAACCAUCGAAUGCCUCCCAAACCUCUGCCCCGCAAAGAAGUUCGCCCAAAGAAAAAACCACCCCCACCACCUCCACCUUUACCUACAGAACCGCCACCUCCUUCUUAUAGACUGCCACCCGAACUUGUUGAUUAUGUUCACAAAAAUGAACAAGAACAAAAUGUUUGCGACACCGAAAUUAUGAAGUUUGUCAAACCAGAACCUGCAACCCGGAUAACAUGCCAAAACUCAAUCGAUAACGUAUCUAAAGAAAUUAUAGAUAACGCUGAAAAACAUUUUCAACUGAAAAAAGAAAUUCAAAAGGAGAACACAAUGGACGUUGCCACGGAUUUGAAUUCAACGUUUUGUAACUACGGGCCAGAAAGGUUUUAUACCGGCAGAUCGGAAUCAAUGAAGACUUCGUACCAUGAACUGACAGAGUGUACAGAAGAGUCAAAAAGACAUAUGAUGAAUGGAUUCAAAUCAUCCACGGAUGAAACUUGUGGCAACAGUGUCCGUGACAAAAUUGCGCUGUUCUCAUCAAAGGCCGCAGCUGACAAAAAAGACUCGAUUUCAUCCUCAUCGUCGGCUUACUCUUCGGGUUCACCCGAUUCGUCUCCGCUAAGUACACCACCUGUAUCGGCUCGGAGUACUUUGCCCCGUGAUCUAUCUGCUAACAGUCGUCCUCAGCAGCAAUUGCAACGUCAAAAAAGUGAUUUCCAGACACAAACUGUGGAAACAGCUACUUCCAAAGCGCCGUUGUCACGCGCUAUUAGUUUCACUGACGCGCAGUAUCAUCGACAAACCCAAAUUCUCGUAGAACCAUAUAGCAAAUAUUUCAGUACAAUGAACACUUAUGCAGAAAUGGGACGGUCGUCUUUGAACACACUCAUCGAACAACGGCGGCGUAGUAUGUCUAAGCUGCGAGGAUUGGUUAUACCUGAAAAAGCCAACGUGUCUGAUCGAGAUCCAACCAUACCUGACCUGCCGGAAAUUAAAAGCGUAGACUCAGUCGAUACCAGUGUUGUUAAUACUUGUAAGCCCGUGCUCUGUCCACCCACCAAGACAUAUGUUAACCGACCGAUAACGGGAACAGUAACGCGAUAUGUAAGCCCGGUGAAAACCAUACAAACUACAUUAUCCCAACCAAUAGCCACUAUAGUUACAGUUGAUGAACAACACUCGUCUUCGUCAUCUUCCUUAAAUUCCAGUCGGGAAGAGUUGAGAAACAUAAUUCAAGACGAACGACCACGACGAACCGAUUCAAUAACCGCAUUAUCCAAGUCCAAAGCAGCCGUAUUUAAGGGCGAUAGUGAUGAAGAUUCAGCGCUGAGUUCUAGUCGGUCUAGCAUUUCACAGUACUCGCCGACGUCUUCACCUUCGCCUAACCGAUGUAUAAUGACUGCGGAUGAAAAGAGCAACAAACGCAUAUUAAAAGCGGAAAGUGUGGAAGCAAUAAAUCGGAAAAACGUGCUUUGCUCAGCCAGAAAUAGUAGUGGUAAACCGGAACCCCCUAUAUCUCCUCCCUCCAAGCAGAAUGCUAUGUACCGACAAUCUCAGCAACAAACAAACGAGCUUUUGUGGUCGUUCGAUCCUGUUCGUCCCAGCAACAAUAAUAACAAGACUGAUUAUUAUGCCUUAGAAGCUUCAGUCAAUGAUAAACAAUCAAGAGUCAAGUCUAAAUAUACGCACAAUCGCAUGUCUUCAAUGGAAUCGACUACCAGUGAAGAGUCUUCUAUGCAGUACGUGAGCACCGAACAAUUCGGUAGUAUAAGCUCUCUGGCAUCAUCUACCAGUCUAAUUUCCCAACAAGAAUUGCAGCAGCUCAUUGAAGAUGCUAAUCAAACCCUAGAGGAAUCUGCUGUCACGUCGACCCAAUCUGUCGAAGUAAUGGUGGUCAUUCUUCAUCGAGAUAGCGCAACGAGUAGUGUAGGUAUAACUUUAGCCGGCGGUGUUGAUUACGAGACAAAGGAGAUAACUGUCUAUAAAGUAUUAGCCGGGAGUCCAGCCGAUAGAGAUGGACGCAUUCGUAAAGGUGAUCGAAUACUAUCUAUAAACGGAAAAAGUAUGAAAGGAAUGACGCACCGAGAGUCACUGGUCACAUUAAAAGCACCACGGUCAGAAGUAGUAUUAGUUAUAUCCAGAUGUAAAUCAGACGCAAAUUUUGAAUCUAACGGAUUGCCUCAGCUUACUGAAGUUCCAAAUUCUCACGAAAAUAAAAUUGAAACUUCUAGCAGUCGAUCAUUUGGACCAUUAGUUAAAGUAAUUUUGUCUAAAGAUGGUUCUGGUUUAGGUUUUAGUUUAGAAGGAGGAAAAAAUUCCCCGAAUGGCGAUCAACCACUUACAGUGAAAAAAAUUUUCACAGGCGGAUGUGCUGAACAAUGUGGACAGAUUUUUGCUGGUGAUGAAUUGAUGUCUGUUAAUGAUAUAGAUGUUACUGGUAUGUCCCGUACUGAAGCUUGGAACUUAAUGAAGAGAUUAGUAAAUGGAACUGUGACAUUAGGCAUUCGCCAUGUGAUUUAAAAUACACCUAACAUUUUUUGUUUGUAUUAUUAUAAAAAUAAAAUAAUGAUAAUAAGUUAUUUAUUGGGUUUAGUUGUAAAUAAAUAUCUAUAUGUAAAUGUUAAUGCAAUCAAACAGUUGUUUUCUAAUUAAUAUAUAAUAAUACUUUCUUAAACUACAAACCCAUUUUAUAUGAAUGUUGUAAAUAAUGUUGUGUUUAUGUUAAUUAUAUGAGUUUUUAUAUUAUUUUAUUUAGUUUCAUUUUAUACACUGUGCCAUUGUGAUUAUAACUGUUAAAUA